AAUUUGGAACGGGUAAGCCCAAGAAAAGGGGCGUCAAGAAAGAAGCUGUCUUCGAGAAAGAUAAACAGAAAACUCCCCACAUCUCUCCGGCGGCACAAGAACUUCGCUUCUUACAGCUAGCAAACACCCCUUAACGUGUAACGAUUUAUCUGUAGGCUACUAUAGAUAUCUGUUAGUUAAUCUGAAUUUGUUUUACACAAGUUCUAGCAGGCAUUUUCCAUCUUUAAUGCUGUAAUAUAGUUGGUUGGGCGGUGCAUCAUAUUUGGACCGGAACCAAACUUUUUAAAAAACAGAUGAAUAGCGUACGGUAAGGGGAAAACACAAACAUAUAAGCGUCUUAGGCCUGAACGUUAAAAGAGAGAAGUUUUUUUUUACCACCAUUCAUAACUUCAGCAACAUUUGAAAGGGUACGACUGGUCCAUUUUCCAUUACUUAACAGUCACCAUGCUGGUUCUCCUGGGCGGAAUCUUCCUCCUUCACAUCACCACCAUCAUCCUCCUCCUCGUUGCGACAAUUGACAAUGCCUGGUGGUUCACAGACACAAUUUCCACAGACAUAUGGGCGAGAUGGGUGAAGAUGAAUGGAGUGUGGAACUACACUGAACUGCCAGAGUACUACCAACAGCACCACGAGUAUCUCCAGGCAGUGCAGGCCACCACGGUGCUGGCCUGCAUAUUCGCCAUCUUGGGGCUGUUUGUGUUUGUGGGUCAGCUCUUCACCCUGGCCAAGGGACAGAGAUUCACCUUCUCCGGAAUCUUCCAGCUCAUUGCCUGCCUGUGUAUCAUGAUCGCUGCCUCCAUCUACACCGACAUCUUCCACAAGGACGAGAAGAAUGGCUGGUACGGACACUCCUUCAUCCUAGCGUGGAUCUCCUUCGUCCUCACCUUCAUCUCCAGCAUCAUCUACUUCGUUCUACGCAAGAAGACAGCGUAAGGCCUGGGACGGAAGAACGAGGCACAUCAUCAUUAGAGGACAAAAAGCAAUGAAAGAAAAACCCAAUAUGUAGAAAUGGAGAUAUGGGGG